AUGCUAUUUACGUGUAACGUUCGAAUACUAAACACCGAGGGUGUGGCAUUUGGAUGUGGAGGUGGAGGCGGAGGUGAUGCCAAGGCUGUUCACCGAGUGUUCCACCUCAACGGCCCUCCACGCGUGACCUCGCGGAUUCGUCAGAGCCCGCUGUGUGUGUGGUAUUUCGACCGCUGCACCGACGAUGCGACAGAAUUGGACUCGCGAAACCUUGGUUGGAGCACAGGUUCAGGCGAAAGUCAACAGGAACCACUGCCAAAAGAACAAUCGACGACGACGAUGACGCCGCCACCUCUACCUCCGCCCCUGGCAACGACAGCUUCUGCUUUCAUGGGCCAUGCGGUUGCAGCAUUCGUUGAGUUGACACACAAGAACUCAGGAGAAGGUUUUAACGUUCCCGGGCAACUUGCUUUCCUCACAUCAAAAGACGUCCAUAGGGACUUCCCACCGCUCUUCAGAGAUGCCUCAACCAACGGGCAUCCGGCAGACCCGCCUACCCAAGACGGCGCCUCCAACGGGGUGGGUCUGUUCGUCGGAUUCGCCGAAUCAAUUGCAGUCUCUUUUCAGGAGGUCCGAGAGCAGCCAAAUUCGCCAUCACCACUAGGCGUAACUGGUGAUGUGUGGUCGGUGAGGUUCGAAGGCUACCAUAAGGAAGUCUGUCGACGCAGCCGCUCGGCGCUAACGCUGCUACGAUGUGAAAAGCUCAAUUCGACAUGGAAAGGUCCACGUCUCGUGUCUGCGGUAGCCGCCUCACGGCUCCAGGUUGGUGGUGAAGCAAGCAUUCCAGACGCGUCACCGUCUCCGGCACGCCCGACAGUUGUCUGCGCCAUCGUGCUGGCACACUCACAAGACGUGGGUGGGCGAGUUUGUGUGUGCUCUGUCACUGCUCUUCGUCGACUGCCUCCACUCUCCUCUUCACUCCCCUAA